AUGACCUCCGGCUCAACAGAGUCCUCGCCCACGACCACUAUCUCGCCAUUCGACUCUCCUUCCACAGGCGACAUCUCUCCAAGCUCUUCUCCAGAAACCCCUUCGGCAAUGCCAUUAUCCUACCCUAAAUUUACACCAAUCAUCCGCCCGGUGGAGGUUGCCCCACUGUCCACCAUGACUUCCGACAGCUCCAGGUUAUCGCUGGCUCCAAAUCCUCCGCGACCGGACUCGCCCGGACGCAGAGCACGCAACCUGAAGAAUCUCUCAUUACGCAUGCCCCUGCCUUCGCAGUCCCGACCCCCCAUUGCGACUGCAUCGAUGCUCGAGACUUCAUCGAAACAUUACCUCUCUGCCCCACCCUCUCCCAUCCCGAUUCCUCCGAAGAGCAGCCGGCGCCGCCCUGCAAACCUCACCAUCCGGACUCCGGGCUUUGACAAAUCAUUCACCACUAAUGUUCCCGACUUGGUUCCUCCCACACCUAUGGGACGUCAGUCCCUGCGCCAUGCAGAGUCAUCACCUUCUCUCGCUUCGAUCACGUCUCCUGGUUUCGCCCCGCGCGGUGGCAUGCAGCUCCCUCGACCAACGUCGCAUCACGGCGCCAGGCGUCUAUCGGGUACAUCAUCUGAAGAUACUUCUCCGUUGACAUCCAUGCCCGACGAUGGCUCCGCCUUCUCUCAACGCGUGAUUCCUGAAGAGGAAGAGGAUGAGCCGAUGCAUUCACGAGAGUCGACGCGUGGUACCGACCGCGGUUAUCCCAAUGGACCUAUUCGGAUCUACGACACCGGCGUGUUUCUGUACUUGGAGCCCACAGCAGAGGAAGCUGCACAAUUCGACGUGGUUAUUAAUGUCGCCAAGGAAGUCAAGAAUCCCUUCAACACGGAUAACGAUGCUCGCAACAAUACGGUCAUGAGCACGUGGCGCAAUGCCUCGAUGGCCUCGAAGCGGUUUUCUGGCGGUGAUCCCCAAACAGCCAUUUCCGAAAUCUCCUUCAAGUCGGCGUUUGAAUACCAGCCUUCAGAAUCUGGGUCCGCGACCCCGACUACCCCCACACCUAAAUCUACCACCCCCGAGUACAUCCACGUUGGCUGGGAUCACAACUCGGAGAUCCUUGAUGAUCUACUUCCUCUGUGUGAACUGGUUGAUGACCGGAUAGCUCAGGGUAAAAAAGUCCUGAUUCAUUGCCAGUUGGGCGCGAGCCGCUCUGCGUCUUUGGUGAUCGCGUAUGGGUUGUACAAGAAUCGAAAUUUGGAUUUCAAUUCGAUGUAUGACCUGGUCAAGGCACGCAGCCAGUGGGUGGGACCAAACAUGAGUCUCAUCUACCAACUCACCGACUAUCGCUCUCGCUUGCUGCGAGGAUCUCCUUCAUCGCGGCCGGCUCCUCGCGAGUGGUUUGUUCAAACCGGUCGCAGGAGCUCGGAGCCUCAAGUCACUCGUGCUGAGCGAGUUGAGGCGCAGCAGCGAACGGCAGUGCCAAUGAUGGGACUACUUCCCACCCCACCGACUCAUUCAUUGCGCCCCAAGACCAGUAGUAACCAUGGGAAUAGAUCUCCCAAGCGCAGUUUGUCUCCGCGCCCACUGCCCUUCCGACAGAAGUUCCAGUCCGUGGAGCCUGCAUCUGGUCGCCCACGCGGGUUACCACGCAGUGUGAGCAGCUGCGACCCACUUGUCCAGACUCACGUCUUUGUUCGUGAUGGACCAGGAUCCCCCGAUCUAGGCGCUGGCUUCUUCUCCCCGAGAACCACUGGCUUCCUGGCACCACCUAUACCUCUGCCAUCAUUACCUUCCCGAGGACUCGACAGUACAAUGGCUGAAAGUUCCAGCUCGGUACAAUAUGCCGAAGAUACUGCCGAUCCCCGUUCUCCUCCCCCAGGGGGAGAGCGGAUGAUCCUGAGGAACAUUGAUGAGUUCCUAUAA